UAGGACUCUCACUGACGGUUAAACUGUCCGCGGUGGUCCAUUAGACGGUCGGUCAUGUCUUUAUUUUAAUUUAUUAUACAUUUUAUUUAUAGUGACCAUCUAGAUUUUAUAUACUUUGUAUACAAAUACAUUUUUUUAUAUAUUUAUUUCGAGUAUUGAGCCAGUGAUUGCUCAGUGACAGUGCCAGCUUAAAUAUUUUUGUGUUUCGCGGGUUUUUUAUUUCAAAUUUAUUUUUGUUUAUUUUAUUUAAUGUGAGGUGAUUAUAAUUUUCUAACACCAAUAAUUAUUUUUAUUUUAUAUUAUAUUAUAAAUAAGUCCAAGGAUUAUGGACGAAAUUUGUGCAUGUGCGUGGAGAUAUAAAUUUUGUUAAUUUAUUUUUGAAUUUCGUGAUUCCAGUUCCUGUCAAUUUAUUGAGUUUCUCGACAUUGGCAGAGAAGGAGCAAGAGGAAGAGGAGUGGAGAGAAUAAGAUGGUGUCGAGGCGAAAAAUUCUCUCUCGCUCGCGGGACAACCUCGCUGAUUCCCAGUACGAUGAUCAGGAAGAGGAGGACGUUUGGUAUAAUUUAGAUAAGUUGUACAAGGAUCACAUACAAGAAGUCCUGGACAAGUGGAACCAGAUAGACGACGAAAUAUGGGCUAAAGUAAUUGUCUUCGAAAGAAACAGACGAGUAGCAAAAGCCUAUGCAAGAGCACCCGUUCUCACGGUCAACGGCUCCAACGACGGCUUCGACGGUUUUAGGAUAGGCCUCUGCGGCUUCGACAAUCCCAUGAGGGAUCCUAAGACAGAAGAGGCCAAGAGACACAUAAACCAGGGGGUAAAAAUAAAAAUGGACGAUCAGGGAAAUAUCCUUAUCAAGAGACUGUGCAAAAGCAACGUUUACAUAAAGACUACACACCCCGAAGACAAUGCCGUGGGCGCGGAGAUACUAAGAAAUUCUCAAGGCGCACUGGAGCAUGAAAAGCCUGGAAAAAUAUUUGAUAUGAACAAAUAUCAGACAAAUUUGUCACGUGAAACAAGACGCGCGUAUCCAGAUCGUAAAAGACUUGAAAAACAGUGUCUCAGUGCGAUUGUAUUCGUCAGAACUGAACCUGAUUUACUGCAGUGUCCUGUUUGGGUUUUGAUUGUCAAUGUUGUUGGUCUGGAUAUGCUCAAGUCUAAAUUACCCCCAAUACUAGCACUGCAGAGGCCCGUGGACAUAAAGAACCGCCCGAGAAUCCCAAUACCUGAUGAAGAUCCUUACAGUGUCGCUGGCGUGGCAUCAUCUUCUGGACCAGGAGAAUCACGGGACGCCGUCAGAGAUCCACGACACGAACAAAUUUACGGUCAGUCAUCGGGUUAUCAUCCGCGACGUGCUGAAAAACCGCCGAAACUUCCUCCACGUGAGAAUCUCUACGGCCAAAGCAUUCCUAAGCCUGACUAUGACGACAUUGAAGACGAUUACGGCAGCAAUGUUGUCAGACCGCUGAUAGUUACCGAGGAUGCUAAAAAAAAUAAAAAGAACGACAGUAAAAAGUACGACGAUCCUUAUUACUGUGGUUUGAGAGCACGUGUACCAAAUUUUGUUAAAAUGGCUAAAAACAGCCAAGUAAAAAUACUUCCGGCUUAUGGAACAGGCAGACCGCAACCGGCACCAGCCUCUGCGUACGUCGGUUACAACAGUAGUCAGUCACAGUCCUCACAUAUUUAUGCGAGUCACGCACAAAACAAACGACCACCUAUUAUGUAUCACGCCCGAAGCUUCGAGAGUGGCUUAGACUCAGACGAUCGAAUAGACUCGCCUUAUAAUCACAUUUACGGACGUUUACCCAUUCCAACACGCGGUGUUAUACCACCAACACCCCGCGGUAUGUACAUCGGCGAGUGGGAUUAAAUUAUUUAACUAAUAACUAUUAAGUACAUCUCUCUACACCGUUAUAUCUUUUUUUUUUUUCUUUUUUUUUUGUACCUACAAUCUUGUAUAUUGUUCAUAUACCACAUAAAUACUCAUAUUUUUUAUGCCACCUUAAUUGUUUAUUAAUUCCCGGUUUAAAUCCAAUUUACUCAACUAUUAAUUAUUAAUUAAUUUAGUUAAUUAUUAUUAUUAUUUUAAUAUUAAUAAAUAAAUAUAUUAAAAAAAUAUACAGAUAAUAACAAAAGACUUAUAUUUGUGCAUUUUAAUCUGUAUUCACCAUGACUUAUUUUUUAUCAUCGUUCAACGUUAUAAAAAUUCACAUGUAUAUAUAUUUAGUAUUGAUGAAAAUACAUAGCACGUAUUUAAUACGAGUAAUCUGUACGAAUGAUAAAAAAUUCCUGAGGCCUUAAAUAUGAUAAUAAAUGCAUCUAAAGACCGGAACGUUUUUCGCGCAAAGAAAAUUCAAAAAUUUAUGUAAUUUGACAGCUUAAAGAGUAGGUCCGGAAGAUGGGAGUGGCCGAGGAUUUUCGGCUGACAUGCCAGCAUCUACAUGCGAAAUAUUUUAGAAAUUUCGCCAUCUAGUAGAUUUUUUCACUUUCUAAUUUCUUUCGUUGCACGGAAAACGUUCCGAUCUUCAGAUCCAUGAUAAUAAAAUAUAAUAAAAAAUGUUAUGUAUAUUAUUGGAAUUUCAUUGGAAAUGGAUUUGAUUAUUAAUAAUAAUAUUUUUAAAAAAAUUAAAAUAUCUUUUAAAUGUGAAAAUUGUGUAAAGAAUAUGAUCAUGAUCACUGUUACUUUAAGUUUGAAGUAAUUAGAUGAAUAAAAAAAAUAAAAUUUA